AUGGGCUCUCUGUUGCAGUUGUCGGAUGUCGCCGACUUGAUUCCACGACGCGAUGCCCAAGAGUUCCGCGAAAGAGUCGCCCACCUGCUCAACCGCUCCUCGAUCCACUUUCCCGGCGCGCAGCCAGUGAGCUUCUCGCGCCGCCAUUUCCGUGACCUGCAAGACACCGACUACUGGCUCUGCGAAAAGACUGACGGCAUCCGCUGCCUCCUCUACUUCACCACCUUCUCCGACGGCAACAACCACCUUGAAGCCCACAUGCUCAUCGAUCGCAAGAACGACUACUACAAUAUCGACAAUGAACAUUUCCACUUCCCCCUGCCCGAUGGGCCCGACGCUAGCUACCACACCGAAACUCUUCUCGAUGGCGAACUCGUCUUGGACAAGCUACCCAGUGGUGAAUACCAGAAGACCUAUCUGGUCUUUGACUGCCUCGCUGUCGACGGCAAGUCAUUACAACAACGCACCCUCGACAAGCGACUGGGUUACUUUGUCGAAUCCGUGCUGAAGCCUUACAACAAACUUCUGGUCCGAUAUCCCGAGGAGAAAGAGUUGCAGCCCUUUGUCAUCACCGCAAAGAAGAUGGAAAAGGCUUACGGCGUCAUGAUGAUGAUCAAGGACGUCUUGCCAAAGCUGCCACACGGCAGCGACGGCCUCAUCUUCACUUGCCGAACAUCUCCCUAUACAAGCGGCACGGAUCCAAAGAUCAUCAAAUGGAAGCCACCGCACGAGAACACGAUCGACUUCCGGUUACAGCUGGGCGAAUUUCCUACCGUCACAACGGACGGCCAGACCUUUACCGACUACGAUGCUUGCCCACCCAUGAACCUGCUGGUCUUCCACGGCGACAAGCGAAACGAGGUGUUUGCAAAGCUCCAUGUGACCGAAACCGAGUGGGAGAGUAUGAAGGGCAUGCAGCAGAUUCUGGAUGGGCGUAUCAUCGAGUGUCACAAGGACGAACAGGGCCGGUGGUGCUAUAAGAAAGAGGAAAACGGCGAGCCGCGCUUCAGGGACGACAAAACAGAGGCCAACCAUAUUAGUACCGUGGAGAGCGUUUUGGAGAGCAUCGAGGACGCGGUGAGCGAACAGGAUCUCUUGGACAAUGCCAAAAUGAUCAACGCACAAUGGAAGAGGCGCGAGGCCGAGGCGUCAAGACCACAGGCAAACGGCGGACCACGGUAA